AGUAUCACCGCUUCACCAGCAUUACCAGCAAGUCAAGCGCCUCUGGAUUACUUUCCACGCAGACUUCUGAAGCCAACCCAAGAGUACUUCAACACAGAUUUCAAUCAAGAUGCAACUGAUCCUGCAGUCAAUCUUCUGCUGCUGCCUCCUGGCCGCCGUUGCACCCAGUGUGGACAGUGCGAAACAUGACCUGAAAAGAAGCAUCCGGCUUCAGAGAUCAAAAAGGGAUUUGAGUCUUUCUGCACUGAGGACUUUAGAGAACAGGCAGUUCGUCAGACCAGACGAUGUCAAAGACAACUUGAGGCCACAUUCCAGCACUGACAUCAGCAUUAGAGCAAAGCGCUCCAAGAACUCCAUCAACCAGUCCAGGAGAUCAGGCUGCUCACUUGGCACCUGCACAGUGCAUGUGCUGGCACACCGUCUCCAUGACCUCAACAACAAACUCAAGAUCGGGAAUGCACCCGUUGACAAGAUCAAUCCCUACGGCUAUGGCCGCCGGCGAAGGUCCAUUCCAGAGAAAGUAUUGAGACUGCGGAAGGAUGGCAGUGGGAUGAGGAUGGUGUGGAGCAGCUCAAACUCUCAAUCGCGGCUUCACAAGCUGGAAGCGCUGCUCAGACGGACGUGAGCGUACGGGGUGGGAGCACUUGGGGACGCGGCGACAGAGGCUCACCGGCCAACAAUGAAAAUGUGCAAAUGCCUCAGACUCCUGCCAAGAGUUCUCUAGCGCAUUCUUGUCCAAGCACAGCGGCUGGAAGAGCAAUCCAGUCUCCUGAAGGCUGCCCUCGGUGGGGAACUCCACAAAGAGAAGCAAAGAAACAACAGCAGCAGGGACGCAAAUGGAGCAACCGAACAAGUGUGCCUUGGAUAUGAGCAAGAUAUCAUUGCACUGAAGUGGACUGGCCUCAGGGAAAAGCAGAACUUUCUCUCUUGGGACUGCCGUCCUGGUGAUCAAGUCGGUGGAAUUAGUUGUGCUAGACCAGUGUCACUGUGUCUUUGGACUUAACGGGGAAAGAAGCAAGAUUCUAGAAUGGAAUACACACACACACACACACACAGAGAGAGACUUUGAAGAUGCCAAUGAGGGUGUUUCUAAUUUGGAGUCGCAUGUUUGGACACUGUAAGCUGGGCGAUUGCCUGCUUGAAUUGGUUAUAUGAACUGUCUGUGCCAGUCCACAAGGAUUGUACUCGAACUUACUUGAACAUUGUUAUUGUUGUUAUUUGUAUAGAGAAAUGUGCAAUCUAUUUCCUUUUAAUAUUAAUAUUAUUGAGAGUAUCUGUAUAUUUGAAAAGAAAAAGGGUCAAAGAUAUCACUAUUUAAUUGUUUUAUAUAACUUUAUACUACUUACAGAGAACUAUUUUUGUACAGGGAUUAAAAAAUUAAGGGCAUUGAAGGUAGCAUUAUAUAUAUAUGUAUAUUAUUCAUUUAUGUCAAAAAGCUGUGGUAUAGGAUAACUUUUUUAUGCAAUUAUAUAUUUGUAAAAUGGGAUCUAUUUUAUUUGU